GGCAUUCAAGGGCGACAAAGGAUCUAUGGGCAUCAGACUGCAUCGCUUCGUCUACGUGGAUGAAAUUGUCGUCGAAGCUCCCCCGCUGUCGAUGCUUGAUCAGCCCGAGACUACCCCUAAACAGUUUGACGUGUGGGGUCAUGUCGAAAGUGGCAACGUUGCCAAGCUGGAAGAAUACUUGAAGAAGCAUCCCUCUGAUCAGACCCCCCCACCUCCGUCUACAAAUGCCAGGUUCAUGCAUCUAGGCUCAUUCGAAUACGACAACCAGGGUGCUCCUAUUCAAAAGUUCUCCUUGGACCCUGCACCGUCUGGUCACAUGAUCGAUUUUGGACUGGUAGUGUUCACAUUCAACUCGAAUUACGGGGGCGACUACACUUGUUUGUACCGCAUUCGCAUCCACGGGGAACCUUCCGGUAAUAAUCUGUACGGUCUUCGUGGCUGAUGCCCCAAUAUCAUCCCACCAUCCCACACCAACUUUUCCUCCCAUCAUUCUUUGUGUACUUGUAUCGACUUUUGCUGGUUUGUUUCUUUUACGAGAUCUGGUCGCUCCCUUUGAAUGUGCUGGUGUGGAAGGUAUCCGAGUGAUAUCCCUCUUGUCAUGAUCUUUACCCUGUUCUCUCUCAUCC